GCUUAUUAUUGCCUAUAUAACCAUGAAGAUUAAAAAAAAAAAAAAAAAAAGAUUUUUGCGGACACAGUACAGGGAUGACCAGAGACUGUGGACACAGUACAGGGGAUGACCAGAGACUGCGGACACAGUACAGGGAUGACCAGAGACUGCGGACACAGUACAGGGAUGACCAGAGACUGCGGACACAGUACAGGGAUGACCAGAGACUGCGGACACAGUACAGGGAUGACCAGAGACUGCGGACACAGUACAGGGAUGACCAGAGACUGCGGACACAGUACAGGGAUGACCAGAGACUGCGGACACAGUACAGGGAUGACCAGAGACUGCGG